CUUUUCAUACCUGGUGAAAGCAGGCGACGCAAAGAUGUCUUCGCCCGUUGAAUCUAUGCCUCGCUACUCACCACCCACCAAAAGCCUUUGUCGGUCGCUCUGGUUUGCCCUCUCGCCACUGCCACAGUCGAAGUUUGCUUGGGUCCGGUCAAAUGUUGUGUUGAAACCUCCUUCAGAACACAGAGUUGGUUGUCGUGGACCAGUUCCUGUGCAGCCCCAACGUUGACUGUGCCUCCUCCGAAAACACCUGCGCCCUACCCCGUCGACAUCAAUUUUCCACGACAACACCACCACGCGACUUCAUUAUCUUCUCCUCGUUCCCCCUCGUCCAGCAUUCCGGAAACCAUUGGAAGCAAUCCAUCACUAUUCGCCAAGGUCUUCACACUUCCUUCAAAUUCGCCUUGAACUUGCGAUCUAUUCUCACUUCCUUCUCCUUCUUUUCCACCUCCCCCUCCCCUCCCUCCUCUCAGUUGUGCUUCAAAAUCCUGGUGCUGGCGUGGAUUCUUCUGGAGAGCCACGGUUGUUCUUACAUUCAGCAUUCCGGGAUUCUGUCUAAGCGGACCCUGGGUCAAGUUUUGUGGAGACCUCGGACGGUGCACCUCUCUGCCCAUUUCCUUGCGACGUAGUUACGCUAGAGCCCUUUUGAGAUUUUCGAAGCUCACCAUGGGGCGCGGACCACGUCGCCACCUAAAGGACGAGGAUGAUGAAUCGGAGGACGAGAAUCUGCCACCAAUGUCUCCCAAUACACAGAAGGAACAUCAAUUGAAAAUGAUUAUGCGAAUGGACCUGUCUGAGAAGAACGCAGAUGCGAUCAAAACAAGCGACUACUCCAGCCGUCCCCGUCCCUUUGCAGCCUCUUCUAUUACGCCAGAGUGCAAUGUCGAAGGUACUGAAGCGGCCAGGAUUGCAAAAGAGAAUAGUGGACCGACGUCUAAGUGGCAGACAUUCGGGCAAAGUGACGAAGCCGUUGAUGCUCUCUUUACCCAGAAACAGAUCAGUAAUGGCAAUAGUCAUCGGCAUACCAUCGAAGAACAAAAGAGAGAAGAGGAGGGACGUCUAGGGCAUAAGCUCAAGCUCGAAGACACCUACAACGACUUUGGCGGCAGUCGACGAGCUGGAAAGAGAGUCGCCUCUCUUCAUUCUCGCCCUCCAGCAGCGUCUUCUGCUCACUCGAUCCUCACCACGCGUUCAUUUUCUGCUACGUCAAAAGAAUCAACAUUUGGGAACCGCGGUAAAGGAGUCCAGGCCGCCAGGCCCUGGCCUCCGCCAGGCCUUGAAGGUACACCAUCUAUGGCGAUUGCUAUGCAGAUCAGCCAACCCUCAGCCAAAACCAAUACGGUCAAGAUGUCUGCCAUGUCUUCAGGUUCUCAGGUAGCUGCGGCCGAAGCUGAUCCUAAGCGACGUGCUCUUGCUCCUCCAGCGAAGUCUCGUAGCUUUGCCUUGGUGGAGGAUUCGUCAAAGUUCAUGUCAUCUAUCCAGGGCAAACUGGCAGCUUGGUCGUCGGGGACACAGACAGAAGCCCACGGGACGUCAACUUCCGCUGCGAAUGCUGCUCAAACGACGUGGGCAGUCCCUUCAGCCGUACCUGUUGCUCAAGACGAACAUACUUCUGCUGGGCAUCUUCACGACUCCUCCAUUCGCCGAGUGCCAGUUGCCGAAUUCUCCUUCUCUGUGGCCAGUACUUUGGCUCCAGGUAAUGUCGCGACUCAUACAGACGGUGCACCGAGUCCCGCGGCUCUUUCUGGCUUCUCAACCUCAACUGCAGACGAUGGAGAGUCUUUGCCUCAAGUUCAAGCUGUCACCAAUGACCUGAUUGGGCUUGCUAUCGAGGAUGCUAGUUUACCCGAUACUCAUCUCACGGUCGAAGUGCAUAGCGGGGGUGGUGCUGCGCAGGCGGGCCCAUUAUCUCCUAGCGGCAGCAUUUUGGACUCACCCAUUCUCGAUCAGGUCAGCAGCGAGGUCCUUCCAGCCGAGGCUGCUAAAGUUGUCAUUGUCGGUGGUCUUCGAUAUGUCCUCGAGUCGGAGCUGCUGGAUCUCAAGGCAGCGGUUGAAAACCAACUCAACAGCACGACCGCCAGCCUGGUCAACAACUCUCCAGCUCUUAUAACAGCUCCUAAAGCUGUUUCUGUCCCUCAACCGUUCUUGGCCUCUUCGAAGGUCACCUCCUCCGUCGCUUCUACGGCUGUUCGGCCCUCUUGUCCUGUCAAUCCGUUUGCUCCUCGCGAGCCAUUGGCGACAAACGAUACCAACAUUGCGGCAGCACAAGUCUCCUCUUCCAAUUCCAACAAAGAUUCAGGCGGGCCGUCUACCACAGCGAAGUCAGCCUCUCGACCUUCCUCAGUUGUCACAAGCAAUACGACUAUCAUUUCGAAGUGGGCUGAUGAUCCAUCCUCUCGUCCGACUAGCCGUCCCGCUGCACCAGUCAUCCGUUCUUCAUCACCAAUAUUCGGUGACCGGAAGGUUUUUGGGCACCACUCGAAAGAGGCCGCCGAGGGCCAGAAAUACGAGCCUCCUCCACCCAAAAUCAAGCGCACUGUGGCCACCAAGCGUCAAUAUGAGCCUCCUGGGCCCGGUCUUACAUGGCUGUUAAAGGAAAUGGCCGACGCGAAACAGAAGAGAGCUGCUGCGGAUGAGAUGGAUGAAGAAUUGUGAUUUCUGACACUGUGUGGAGGCAUGGUAGUGCAUGGUGAGGCAUAGUGAUGCAUGGCAGCUCUGACAUUACUGAAACCGAAACCAGGUCCAAUUU